AUGCUCGUCUUGCGAGCUCAUGGUUUUGCGCCAUCUACAGCUGACUCCUCUUUAUUUCUUCUUCAGAAGCCAGAGGUCACUAUGUACUUAUUGGUCUAUGUGGAUGAUAUUAUACUAGUCAGUUCGUCCCAGGUCGCUGCUGAUGCCCUUGUUCGUUCUCUUGGUGCUGAUUUUGCUGUCAAAGAUCUUGGUAAACUUCAUUACUUCCUUGGUGUUGAAGUUUCCCCUAGUGCUCAUGGCCUACUUAUGACACAAAAGAAGUACUCCUUGGAAUUGCUACAGCGGGCUGGGAUGCUUAAGUGCAAAACGGCGACUACACCCAUGUCUACCACUGACAAAAUUACGGCUGUUGAUGGUGAGCUUUUAUCCUCUGUGGAUGCGACGGACUAUAGGAGCAUUGUUGGUGGUCUCCAGUACUUGACGAUUACGAGACCAGAUAUUUCUUUUGCUGUCAACCGAGUUUGUCAGUAUUUACAGGCGCCUCGUGACACCCAUUGGUCUGCUGUUAAGCGUAUUUUGCGCUACAUAUGA